AUGAGCCUUGUUGGUCCAAUGCCAGCUUCCAUUUUUAACCUUUCUUCCUUGAAAGAAAUUUCUCUCUAUAACAAUAGUGUCUCUGGCAGUAUUCCCUCAAAUAUUGGUGCUUGCAGCAAUCUUAAAAAGUUAGUAUUGUCUUUUAAUCGAUUCAAUGGAUUCAUUCCAAGAAGUAUAGGAAAUUUAACCAAACUUGAGGAGAUAUAUCUAGGUGAUAAUGAUGUAGAAGGUGAAAUCCCUUGGGAAAUUGGAAAUCUUCUAAGCUUGGAGAUAUUUUCUGCCAAAAAUAUGAGGCUAGUUGGUCGAAUACCAGCAUCCAUCUUUAACCUUACUUCUUUGAAAGAAAUUUAUCUCUAUAGCAAUAGUCUCUCAGGCAGUAUUACAGAUAAUAUGUGUUACUCUCUCCUCAAACUUGAGGUGUUUUAUGUAUUUGACAACGAGUUUUCUGGUCGUAUUCCAUCAAAUAUUGGUGAUUGCAACAAUCUACGAAAUUUAUCAUUAUCUUUUAACAGGUUCAGUGGACUCAUUCCAAAAAGUAUAGGAAAUUUAACCAAAGUCGAAGAGAUUUAUCUAAGUUACAAUAACAUAGAAGGCGAAAUUCCAUGGGAGAUUGGAAAUCUUAAUUCAUUGGAGAUACUAGGUGCAUUAUCUACACGCUUAAGUGGGUUGAUUGCAUGUGCCAUCUUCAAUAUUUCUGCUUUGAAAAUAAUUAAUCUCUCGAACAAUAGUCUAUCAGGUAAAUUACCGCACUUGAGCUCUGCUUCAAAUCUUGAGGAGCUUUACUUAUGGACGAAUAAUCUUAGUGGAAAUAUUCCUGAAUCUAUCUCCAAUGUUUCUAAGCUUAGAAUCCUAGAAUUAGAAGGAAACUCAUUCUAUGGCCUUAUACCAAACACAUUUGGUAAUUUGAGGUUCCUCGAGAAAUUGCGCCUUGAUAUUAAUCAUUUGACCACCAAAGCUUCAACUCAUGAGUGGAAUUUUUUCUAUUCCUUGAAAAGUUGCAAGCAUCUAAGAUAUUUAGACCUAUCAUCCAAUGCAUUGAACGGUAUUCUUCCAACUUCUAUCUCAAAUCUCUCUACAUCACUUCAAUAUUUAUUGAUUAGAGAUUGCAAAAUUAGAGGCAGCAUUCCCAUGGAAAUUGGUAGCUUAAGCAACGUUACAUUGUUAGACCUUUCCUCUAAUAAAUUGAGUGGACCUAUUCCAACAACAUUAGGAAGGCUAAAAAAUCUCCAACUUUUGCUUCUUUAUGGAAAUAAGUUACAAGGCUCUAUCCCAUAUGAUCUUUGUGGUUUGAAGGGAUUGUACAAAAUAUCAUUAGGUGAUAAUGAGCUUGAUGGGCCUUUACCGACAUGUUUGUGUGAUUUGACUUCUCUGAGAUAUCUAUACUUGUUCUCCAACAAAUUGCAUUCAACAAUACCUUUAACUUUUUGGAGCCUUAAAUAUAUUUUAGAAAUAGACUUGUCAUCAAACAAUCUUAGCGGUUCACUUCCACUUGACAUUGGAAAUUUGAAGGUUUUGAAUCUAGCUAGUAAUAUAUUACAAGGUCCUAUUCCUGAAUCAUUUGGUGACUUGAUGAGUUUGAAAUAUUGGAAGGGGAAAUCCCAAGUGGAGGUCCCUUUUUAA